UGGGAGGAGAGGAGCGCUGCUGCUCCUACAGAGAGGAUGAAGGUCCACACACACUGAAACACAGGAGGAUCAUCCGGACCGGGAUCAGAUGGAUCAGAUGGAUCAGAGGAGCUGCAGCAGCCCUCAGCAGUCCACCACAGCCAGGGAGGGGAUGGUGAAGUCUGCGUCAGCUUACGCAGACCUGCAGCAGCACCGGUCCGAUGGCCUCUACACGAAACCGUCCCCGGUGUCCGGCUACGUCCCCCAGCCCGACUACCUGGAGGGAGACGAGGACAGCGACCUCAUCAAACCCAAGAAACUGGUGAAUCCUGUCAAAGCGUCAAAGAGUCACCAAGAGCUUCACCGAGAGCUGAUGAGCAGCUGCAAACGGGGCGGAGUCAGUGUGGAGAUGAAGCCGGAGCUGCAGAGAGUUCUGGAGUCGAGGAAAAGGGAUCAGCUGAUCAAACAGAGGAAACAGGAAGAGGAAGCUCGCAGGAAGGUCUCACCUCUGGAGGCCGAGCUGAUAAAGAGACACCAGAGAUUGGAUGAGUGGGACAGGCAGCAGGAGAAGUUGCAGGAGGAAAACCUGAAAGCUCCAGAGUUUGUCAAAGUGAAGGAAAAUCUGAGACGGACAUCAUUUCACAGUAAAGAUGAGAAGGAGGUGUAGAGAUACCGCUGCCAUCCUGCAGGAAUGAGACACAGACUGUCCACAUGUUUACAGGACAAUCUGAGGACACAAAUAUACAGAGGACAGUAUGGGGGCACAAACAUACUGAGGACACUUUUUCUUAUAAUGAGAUGCUAAUAUCGUAUCUUGUAUAAUUAGAGAUUUUUUCUUGUCGUUAAGAGAUACUAACUCUACAAGACUACGAAAAUGUUCUCAUGAUUACGAAAUGUUGAUUUUUACAUACGAAACGUAGAAGUAAUACUAGGAAGAAAUAAUAACGAUAAAUAUCUGAAAGUAGAUUUUAUUCUGUAAUUACCAAACACUAACGAUGUAUAAUGAUGCAGGCUGAUCUCGUAAACUGUUCCCACAUUUUUCUACGAAAAGUAAUCCACCCAAAUUCGUACAUAUCUGGCAUAUUUUGAAAGGCUGUGAUCACGGGAUCAAUGCGCCCACAGGAGUAAAGAAGGAGGCGUUCCUGAGUGGUCUGUAAGUGGGUGGGUCACGAAGGCGGAGUUUCCCCUGGAACCAUGUUCAUUGUAUUCUUCGUGCUCUCUGAGUGAAUUUUGAUUAAUUUCAAGAUUCGUCCUCACUGUUUUUCUUUUCCUAAACCUUACCUUCGUAACUUUACAUGAAUUAUGUUGCUGUACAUUAAGGACGUAACGACAUGCGGGGACGCUAACUCGUAGGAUAUCAUUUGAACUGUUCUGUAAGGAUAUGUUGAAUUAUGAUAUCUAGAAAUCCUGAAGUGAAAUACACAGAUCUGAACAUUUAUUGUCUUUUCAGUCACAACAUUCUGAGUUAUGAUUCAUGCAUGAAGCAGAAAUUAUAAUUUUAUCAGGUCAGGAAUAAAAGCGACAAAAACAUGAUGGAAACAGAUUUUUUUAAAAAUAAAAAAAUAGACAAACUCAUGAUUUUUCUAAAUGUUGUGACUCUGUUUCAUCACAUUAAAUUCUUGUUUCUUUUUUUAUGAAUCACAUUUAUAGAUCAGAAAAUUUCAUACAAGAUGGGACAGUCACGAUUACACACAAUUGACGUCACAAUAGACGUCUGUGUGCUGUAAUAAUGAACAGUUGUAUGAUUAUAUGAUACAGAGACUUGUAAUCACAGGAAAUGAUGUCAUAAUUGUGACAUGUGUUUUUGUUGUCAUCAGAUAAAAAGUUCCCACAGUUCUCAGAGUCGUGUGUCGAAACUAGACUGAUUAUUUUAUAAUGCCAGAGACAGAAAACGACAGAAGUCGCUCCACGCUCACCAAAGACAAAACAGUCACUGAUGCUGUGACUGAUGUUUUCUUAGUAACUGUAAUUCUGUUUCCUGUUUCGGACUGAGUCACUGUCAGGACAGAGACAUUGUGCUGAGACAUAACGAAGACAAGAUGGACAAACCCUUUAAUGACAGAGAACAUGAGUUCUGUCAGAACAAACUGUGCCUGAGUCUCGUCUGUGUGUCUGAUGAUCCAACACGUUCUGCAGUGUUCAUUCAGAGCGUUGGACAGGAAGCUAGUUUUUACAUCAUUACAUCAUUUGUGUGUUGCAUCCUGUUCAAUCACCGUCAUAUUUACUGUACACAGCCCUUAAGAAAAUAUUGUAUCAGGUAUUUGUUUUAGUGAUGACGUACAGGAGUCAUAUUUACGAGAUGAUGCUGUUACAACGUGUGUAAUUUGACUAAAUCAGGUGAGAAGACGUCACGCUCACGACUGUCGUGUCACAUUAUUAAAGAUACGGGAUGUUUUUUCUUUUUGGCUUCUGAGAUGAUAUUUGCAUAUAAACAUGAGAUAUGUAAAUUAUAAUGACAUCUUAUAAUUCAGACAAAUCAACAUGUGAAAAAGUUUUGACCUUUUGACUCCUGAGCUGCGAUGACAUCACAGUGUGACUGAAGCCUUACGUCUGGACGCGUCUGUGUUGUUGAUCGUACAAUCAGUGAAUUCAUUUUUAAUCCAAACAGAUUCUGGAGCACUUUAACUGUGUGAGCGAAAAUUAAACUCAGAUUGUAAUUUGUA